UAAAGUGCCCCUUAAGGCACAUAUAUGCGUAUAUAUAUACAAACGCAACCAUUUUUUGUUAGCACUUAAACUUAGCCCCCACUCAAAACUUUUGUCUACGCCUCUUCUCUCAACCAAAAAGGAUAAGUGAUAGAGAAAGUUGGAGAGAGAGAGAGAGAGUGCGUAUAUGUAAUGGAGGGUUACAACGUCAUCGCGCCGUUCAUUAUGAAAACUUAUCAGAUGGUAAAUGAUCCGACGACUGACAGUCUAAUCACUUGGGGGAGAGCCAACAACAGCUUCAUCGUCGUCGAUCCCUUAGACUUCUCACAGAGGAUUUUACCUGCCUACUUCAAGCACAACAAUUUCUCUAGCUUUGUUCGUCAGCUCAACACCUAUGGAUUCAGAAAGGUCGAUCCUGACAAAUGGGAAUUCGCGAACGAGUGGUUUCUUCGUGGCCAGAAGCACUUGUUGGUGAACAUCGUACGUAAAAAGCACAAUCGGAGCUCGUACACGCAGGGCAAGAACGAAGAACUAGUGGAAGACGAGGACUUAGUCAUGGAGAUAGCGAGGUUAAAGAAAGAACAGAAGGACAUGGAGGAUGAGCUUGAGGGCAUGAAGAAACGAUUGGAAGCUACAGAGAAACGGCCACAGCAAAUGAUGGCGUUCCUGCACAAAGUAGCUGAAGACCCAGAUAUCUUACCCAAUUUGAUGCUUCAGAGAGAACGAACUAGGCAGCUAAUAAGCGAGAAGAAGCGGCGGCUAAUGAUAUCUUCUACUUCUUCGUCUUCUUCAGGCACUGUAGCAGCGACAACAACAACGACAACGAGUUCAAUAAAGACAGAGGACGAAGAUGAGGGUGCAAUCGGAGUAGUAAUCUCUUCGUCUCCAAAUACAGGUUUUAAAAUCGAAAACUUUUGUGAACAGUCGUCACCGUCGCCGGAAACUCAGACGCCGGCGUGGUUGAUCCAAAGUGAGGUGAUGGGUCGGUCUCAGAUUGGCCAAGAGCCUUUUGGUUGCUCUGCUAUGAAUGGAAUUGGAAGUACUAUGGCGGUGUCGCCGCUGGAAAGCGGUGUUUUGGGUUAUGGGAAUAGUGGUGGGCAAAUAAGCUAUUUUGCAGAAAUGGCUGCUGGGAUGGAGGUGAGUCCACCAACGCCUUAUCCGUUUUCUCUAUUAGGAGGUGGCUUUUAGGGCUGUAGAUGCUUCACCUGAUUUAUCUUUGGAUUCUAUAUCUUUUGUAUUAGUUUCUUUUCUUUUUAUUUAUUUAAUUUUGUUUGUUGCUUCA